UAUGGCUGCCUUGUUCACUAAGUUUUUUUCUCAAGCUUUCACUAUCUUCCUAAUGAUUCUCCCAGCCCUGUUUUCCAAAACCAAUGCCGGAGUCAUUGUGGUUUAUUGGGGUCAAAAUGCUGGUGAGGGCUCACUCACAAACACAUGUAACACCGGAAAAUAUCGAGUCGUAAACAUAGGAUUUCUCUCAAAAUUUGGCAAUGGCCGAAGACCUCAAAUCAACUUAUCUGGCCACUGUAACCCAGCAUCAAAUGGCUGCCAAGGAGUGAGGGCUGGCAUCAAAAACUGCCAAAGAAAAGGCAUUAAGGUCCUGCUUUCGAUCGGCGGUGGCGCAGGGAACUAUGGACUGUCAUCUGAUGCUGAUGCUAACAGUGUAGCAGUCUACCUAUGGAACAACUUCUUAGGGGGCCAAUCAAACUCAAGGCCUCUAGGCAGCGCCGUUUUGGACGGCAUAGAUUUCAACAUCGAGAAAGGUGGACCUCACUAUGCUGCACUUGCUAGGAGGUUGUCUGACUACAGCAAAAGAGGCAAAAAAGUCUACUUAAGUGCAGCACCACAAUGCCCAUUUCCUGACCAGUAUCUCAAUGGUGCUCUGUCCACUGGCCUAUUCGACUAUGUUUGGGUCCAAUUCUACAACCACCCUCAGUGUCAAUUUACCACCAGCAACCCCAAUGCCUUCAGGGACUCAUGGAACAAAUGGACCUCCAUAAAAGCCGGCCAGUUCUUCGUUGGGCUUCCGGCUUCCCGUCAAGCUGCUGACAGUGGCUUUGUGAAUCCAAAUGAUCUGAAAAACCAAGUGUUUCCUUUUGUUAAGGGAUCUCCCAAGUAUGGAGGUGUCAUGCUUUAUGAUAAGUUCAACGAUGACAAGAGUGGCUAUAGUUCUCAAAUUCGAGGCAGUGUGUAACU